AUGGCUCCGCCAAUAGAGGGCAAAUUAUCUAUAGCGACUAAUAGGAUCGAAAGGUUAAAAUCACCCUCGUCCUCAUCAACAUGCUCGAUGGACGAGGUCCUCAUUACUUCAAGCAAUAACAGCAGCUCCGUAUGUUUGGAUACCCUACGCCAGUUUCCUCGGGAAGGCGUUUCCGGUCAGAUAAACAUCAUUAAAGAAGCUACUUCACCUUCUUUCCAUUCUGCUCUCUUCCUUGAGCAAGAUCUUUACGAACAUAUCGAUCCUCUUCCUGCCUAUCCGCCAAGCUAUGACCUAGUAAAUCCCAACAAAGAGGUUCGCUUCCCAACAUUUGGAGAUACGGCACCGUGCCUCAAGUCUUCAUUACCUCCUUCAUAUGCACCCGCCGUAUACGAAUUAUCUUUGGUCUCCUUAAAAUUGGAAAGGCUUUCUCCUUAUGAAGUUUCUAAUAACAGGAGCUGGAGAAAUCUUAUCAUUGAGAUUAAUUCGACCCAACUGAACUUUUACCACAUUGAUGAAUCUUUGACAAAGCAUAUCAGAAACUAUUCGAGUGGAGAAACAAAAUCUGAAAAAGAAGAUAGGAUUCAUAGUGAUUUGGUCCAUCCCAAUGAUCAAUCACAACAUUUGCACCAUCGCUUAUUUAGUUUGCCGACGAGAUCUGCGUCAGAGUUUAAAAAAUCAGAUCAAGAACGGAUCUCUUACAGAGUUAAACGUGACCGAUCCCGAUAUUUAACUAAUGAGGCUCUUUAUAAAUCUUUCACCUUACAAAAUGCAAGAUUUGGUAUACCAACUGAUUAUACCAAGAAAAGUUUUGUAUUAAGAAUGUCUUGUGAAAGUGAGCAGUUUUUAUUGAAAUUCUCUCAUAUAGAUGAUAUGAUUGAGUGGUCUAUGUACCUAUCGGUCGGCAUAUCGGUAUCAUUAGACUUAGAAGUUAGGGAAUAUCCGGACUAUCGAAUUGUCCCCAGGAGGAGGAGAAGGAGAAGAAGAAGAAGAAGAAGAAGAAGAAGAAGAAACACACAUAUAAGUGAAAGCUCAAUGGGAUCGUUCUCACAAAGAUUCAUUCGUUCCAACACCAGGCCGGAAUUAAUUCAAAGGUAUAAUACAAGGUCUAAUAUUAAUAAUAAUUCCAAUAUCAGGGGACGCUCGAAUACCUUCACGACUGGUUUGCUAGAUCGUUACUGUUCCGGCUUGUCGCACGCCUCUACAGACGCAUUAGUACCCUCAGCCACACCUGGAGAAGUCGUUGAUAACAAUACUCUCGGCUCAGCGGGAUCUUCAUCUGGAUGUUCAGCUGCUCGUUCAAUUGCAUCUAGAAGUUUGAAGUUCAAAAUCAAGAACUUUUUCAGGCCCAAAAGUUCUUCGCAAACAGAAAAGCUCCACAGACUCAGAUCAAACUCAAGUAACUUAAACAGUGUUAUUGAAACGGAAGAAGAAGAACAACAUAAGUAUGAAUUAAGUGGUGUUCCAAUAAGUACUUCUAGUAAAGUGGAACACCCACCGUACAGAAAUAGAGCUAUUUCUAUGCCUCAAAGACAACUAUUGAGACGUGCCAUCAGCGAGGAGGUUGUUCCUAUCAAGUUUCCAAAUGAUACUAUAGGUGAGUCGGUUCCCUCCAUGCCUGGGUUUUCUAAUUCUUUGUCCACUAAUGAGCAAUUGUCUGUCGAUGGCUGCGAGAUCAUGCUUCGGUCACAAAAUGCCGUUAUGAAAGAUGAAUUACAGAGUGUAGUGUCGAAUUUGGUAGCCAAUAAAAAGGAUGAGGUUUCGAUUAGAGCUAACUCUCGAGGUUCUUUUAUAUAUAUGUCAGAUUUAGUUCCUAAUGAGGAAUCCAAUACGGAUUUAUGCCAAAGUAGUUUGUCAUUGUCUCUCGUAGAUAAUAAUUCUCAGGUGAAUGGUGAUGAAAGUGUCACAGAGACCGAUGAGGACGAAAGUGAUGGGGACACUGAUGAUACCACUGACAAUGAUACUGGUGAUAGUAAUAGUGGUUAUGUUUAUGGCAGCGAAGGUGAUUUUUCAAGCUUAAUAGAGCAACGGGUAAGGAAUAGAAGACGUGCAUCAUCUACUCUAAGUUGUUUCUCAAAUAUUCCUUAUGGCACAGGUGACGUUAAAUGGAAACCAGCUAUUAAAGUAGUUUCAAGAAGGCGUUAUUUGAGAGAUUCCAUAAAGUGUAUCAAACCAUUUCUAGACAGCAACGACUGUUUAGGUAAGAUUAUUUAUAUCCCUGUUUCUGGACCAGCGUUUGAAACAAGUAACAAAUUGCAAUUUAAUAACAAUCAGAGUUUGCGAAAGGUGAAAAACCAUUUUUUGAAAGGCUUUAUUGUAGGACCCACAGCGCUCAUAGAGCUUAAUUAUAUCAAUAAGAAUGAAAUUGCCGGAAUAGCAAAAGAUAAUGAAGACCAUGAUGAGAACGAUGGCGAGGGCGAUGAUGUCGAAGAUGAGGAUGGUGAGGAUGACGACGACGACGACGAUGAUGACGAUGAUGAUGAUGACGAUGAUGAUGAUGACGAUGAUGAUGAUGAUGAUGAUGAUGAUGACGAUGAUGAGAAUAUUGCAUAA